AAAAUCCAAGUGGCUUGUCCCCUUCAUAACAGAUGAAAGAAACUCAACAUCAUCUUUAUAUGCUCCAAAACUAUUAAAUGGAAGAUUUUCUAUUUUGUACAUACCUUGUUUUGUAUAUACUGUAUAUGAUGACUUCGGUGGGCAGUGAACGUACCCGGGGCACUCGGGACAAAAUGCAAAUUUCAACCACACAGCCAACACAACCACAGAAACAAGUAGUACAGGCAACAGCAGAACAGAUUCGCCUUGCGCAGAUGAUCUACGAUAAGAACGAUGCAGAUUUUGAAGACAAAGUGAAACAACUUAUGGAAGUGACGGGGAAAAACCAAGAUGAAAGCAUAGUGGCACUACAUGAUUGUAAUGGGGAUGUGAACAGAGCAAUCAACAUACUUCUGGAAGGAAGUUCAGACACGACUUCCUGGGAGACUGUAGGGGGGAAGAAGAAAAGCCUUGGAAAGGAAAGUUCAGAAAACAAAGAGAACAGAGAAAAACGAGGGGACAGAGAAGUGAGUCGUGGACGGGGAAGUUCCAACAGACGGGGAAGAGGAGGCAGCCGUGGCAGAGACUUUAGGGCUGAAGAGAAUGGAGUGGACAGCAAUCAAGGAGACAGGCCUUCAGACCGUGGGAAACGUGGCCGUGGGAGAGGGUUUGGACGUGGCAGAGGGAGAGGAGCGGGGAGGUUUUCAGCCCAAGGCAUGGGGACAUUUAACCCCGCAGACUAUACGGAGUCUUCUGCCACUGAUGGCUUUGGGACAAAAUCAGAGAUUUGGGAGACUGGUCAGAAUGAUGGAGAUGAUGGAACUGGAGCAUGGAAAAACUCAAUAGAAGAGUGGACAGCAGAAGAGUGGAAUGAAGACCUUUCUGAAACAAAAGUCUUCACUGCUUCCUCUGUUCCAGCUGAGAAUCAUGUGACUGCUGGGCAAAACAUUGAUUUGGUAACACUGAUUCAGAAGCCUGUGAAUUCAGCCCAAGAUAUAGAAGGCAAUUCAUUUGAGGCUCCUCAGCAGCAGACCUUUGGCCAAGCCCUAGUCUUCACAAAUUCUCAACACAGCACCCAGAUGGCAUCAGGAACUGGCAGCUCCAGUGCUGUAAACUCUUAUUCUCCUCAAAGUCUGUCUGCAGUUCUUUGUUCUGGCUUUGGAGAACUUGGAUCCUCUAAACUGACAAACUCUACUGGAUCCCAAAUCUUGGACCAGCUGAAAUCUCCAGGAUUGGGUCAGUUUACCUCCCAACAGAACAUGAGUAGCUCUACGACCACGACCACAAGUACCACAUCGUCCUGGGAUCUAAAACCUCCCAUCACUCAGUCCUCAGUCCUUAGUCAAUUUGACUUUAAAUCCCAGCCUGAACCAUCCCCAGUUCUGAGCCAGCUCACCCAGCGACAGCAGCAACAAACACAGACAGUUACUGUUCCUCCUCCUGGGCUGGAGUCUUUCUCCUCACAAGUAAAACUCCGAGAGCCAUCACCAGUAGACACCUCUACAGCUGUCAGCAAAAUGUUACAUCUCCCCACUGUAUCUAUGGAUAACCAGGCAGUGACUGUCCAUCACACCCAUCAAAAACACAUAAAACCACCGAAACGGAGGAUAACUCCAGCAUCCAAAAUUCCUGCCUCUGCAGUGGAGAUGCCGGGAUCAGCAGAUGUAACAGGGUUAAAUGUUCAGUUUGGAGCUCUGGAGUUUGGAUCAGAGCCUGCACUCCCAGAGUUUGGAUCAACUUCAAGCAGUGAGAAUACCAGCCAGGCCACCAACAAUAGCUUGUACUCAAAAUCUGUAAAGUAUGUUGAUCCUUUGAAUACCUCUUUGCCAAUGCCCAAUGCAGUACAGGAGUCCACGUACACAACCUCUUCUGUCACCUCUUCCAGUCUGACCUGCUCAUCCCAGACCACUAGCCCAGUAACAACAACAUCAUCCUAUGACCAGACUUCUGUGCAUAGCAGGAUAGGAUACCAAAGCUCCUUGGCUACAUCUGAACCAACCCCUGUGGCAGUUACGAAUGGGCACGGCAGUGUUAGAACACAGGCAGCUCUUGACUCUACUCCACCAGUUCCAGCACCUAAGACAGAGCCUUCUCCCUCAUUACCUUCAUCUGGGUCUCUGCCUAGUGUGGUAUCCACCACUGCUUCGCUUCUCCCUUCAGCAUCACAGCAUGCAGCAACGUUGCCCAGUUUGCCUCAGCCCAGUGAUUUAGCCAGCAGCUCACUCUCCCAGUUAAGCAGCUCACUUUCUAAUCAUCAGAGCAGCCUCUCCCCUGCCUCAGUGUUGUCUUCAAGCACAUCACAUGCACACACUAGUGUUGAGAACACAGCUUCACUCCAGCCCUCAACAACCUUUUCAGCUGCUUCAACCUCAGCCACUAGCACCAGCUCUUCAGUUGUCAGCAUGGCAAGCAGUAUGAACACUACAAACAGCCUUGGCCUGAGUGUUACCAGUGUGUCUAUACAAGCUGCUUCCACACGGGCAGCUCCCUUAGUGUCUUCAGGCAAAGCUCCCCCAAACCUGCCCCAAGGUGUACCGCCCUUGUUGCAUAACCAGUAUAUUGUGGGACCUGGAGGACUUCUGCCAGCCUACCCACAGAUCUAUGGUUAUGAUGAUCUCCAGAUGCUUCAGUCCAGGCUGCCAAUGGAUUACUAUGGAAUUACAUUCCCUGCUCCUGCAACCUUGACAGGCAGAGAUGGGAGCCUUGCUAACAACCCAUACUCAGGUGACGUAACAAAAUUUGGCCGUGGGGAUUCUGCAUCCCCUGCUCCUGCUACCACGCUCGCUCAGCCGCAGCAGAACCAGACACAGACUCACCACACAACUCAGCAGCCCUUCCUCAACCCCACCCUGCCCCCGGGCUACAGCUACACUGGGUUACCUUACUACCCCGGUGUGCCUGGUGUACCCAGUGCAUUCCAGUAUGGGCCAACCAUGUUUGUACCUCCAGCAUCUGCUAAACAGCACGGGGUCAACCUGAACACUGCCUCGACUCCUUUCCAGCAGGCGAGUGGCUACGGGCAGCACGGCUACGGGGCAGCAGGCUAUGAUGACUUAACGCAGGGAACAGCAGCUGGAGAUUACAGCAAAGGAGGCUACAGUGGGUCAUCUCAAGCACAAAACAAAUCUGCUGGCACUGGACCUGGGAAAGGUGUUUCUGUGACCUCAAGUAACACAGGUGUGCCUGAUAUCAGUGGCUCAGUCUAUAACAAGACUCAGACAUUUGACAAGCAGGGGUUCCAUGCUGGCACGCCACCUCCUUUCAGCCUGCCCUCUGCUCUUGGGUCAACUGGGCCCCUGAACCCUGGUGCUGCCCCGGGUUAUGCUCCAGCCCCAUUUCUCCAUAUCCUGCCUGCACAUCAGCAGCCUCAUUCCCAGAUGCUGCAUCACCAUCUUCAGCAAGAUGGGCAGGGUGGAUCUGGCCAACGCAACCAACCCAGCACCAUGCAGCAAAAGUCUCAGGCUACUAAAACCGCCUAUGGAACUUCUCCAUACUGGACAAACUAAACCCGAAACUGGGGAGGGGGGGAGAAAAUGAAAGGAGGAGGAGAAAUGAAAAACAAACAACCAAAACACAAAAAGAAUACGAAAAAGGAAAAAAAAAUAAAAAUCCGAAGCCCAUUCCUGGAAUUAUUAAGAGAAGAAGUAACUGCUCAGCCAAACAUCUGUGCGGGGAGAACUGCAGCCAGCCAGCCAUCCUCUGUGUGACUCGCCCGCUUCCUCUUUGAGUUGCUGUUGUAUGUAAUAUAUUUAUGUAUGUAUUUGUAAAUGUAAUAGAGCCUAAAUGUGUUUUUCUGCAUCUUGCAGCCUGUUUUAUUUUCUUUGUAGGAAAACUAAUUAUUCAUUUCCCAUCUGCACCAGGGCAUCCUUCCUUUUUUUUUUUUUUUUAAGUUCAUGUGAGCUCUGUCAAAGACAAACUGGGUCUUUUGUUAAUUUGAGCUGGAGCCCAUUUAUUUAAUGCAGUUCUAAAUUCAGGCAAAUAAAGGAGGGCUGACCCCACCCCCCCCAUCACCCCCUCAAAAAAAAAAAAAAAAAAAAAAAAAAAAUCCUGUUGCUUUGGUUUCUGGCCCCAGCCCCAAAUACAGCUGUUACUUUGAAGAGGAGGGGGGAAAAAAAAAUCAAAUUCAAUGUUUUUUGGGUGUCCCCCUUCCCUCUUGCUCUGAAGACAAACUUUUGUGAGCAGUUUGUUCUCUAUGGCCCUGAGUGGCAGUCUCAACUUUUUGUUUUUCAGUUUCUGAGUAAUAAUUUAAAAAAAGACAUUGUUUUCUUUUUUGUUUGUUUGUUUUGGGUUUUUUGUUUUGUUUCGUUUUUGUAUUGUUUCUCUAGCAAGAGACUUUGGAUGGCUCAGUGUGUCCUGGAACCUCCUUUGCAUCAUUAAAGGCAAAAAACUGUAGCGGUUUCUUAAAUACCAGUAUAAGAUGUGUCUUAUACCUCUUUUUGCCCUGAGCCACCCUGACCAGGAAAGCCAGAGCUACUGGAUGGAAACUUCACCUGUCCCUCCCUGCUCUUAGGUUUUUUUUUUUUAAUUAUUAUUAUUUUAUUUUAUUUUUUAUUUUAAAUUUGAUUUGAUUCGAUUUUUAAAUUUUUUUUACAACAAAGACCCUGGAGGCAACUCCUGGUCCUUCUUGUCCUGCACCAGUGCAGUGAAUGUUUUCUGAGUUUCAUUUCUUUUUAGCCCUUCCUCCAUCUAAUAAAGAUCUGAGUAUAUCA